AUGUGCACAUCUCUAGGACCAUUAAUAUGGAAUGAUCCCAACUGUAUCAACCCUAAACCUAAACCUAACGCUAACACUAACAUUAACACUAAACCUAAACAUAGACCUAAACCUAACACUAACCCUAACCCUAACCCUACGCCUAACUAUAAACCUAACCCGAACCCUAAUUCUAAACAUAACCCUAUCCGUAACCCUAACACUAAACAUAAACCUAACCCUAACUCUAAACCUAAACCUCGCAUUAACUUUAAUCCUAACAAUAAAUCCGACCCUAAACCUAUCCCUAACGCUAACACUGACCAUAACUAUAACACUAAACCUAACCCUAACCCUGACCCUCAUCCUAACCCACACACUAACCCCAAACCUAACGCUACACAUAAACCUAGACCUAACCCUAGCCGUAAACUUAACAUUAACAUUAAACUUAACUCUAAACCUAACGAGAAACAUAAAGCCAACCCUAAUCCUAAAUUUAAUCAUAACCAUAACACUAACCCUAAUCCUAAAUGUAACCCUAACUAUAUCCCUAACCUUAACACUAACACUAUCUGA